AUGGUUGAUGUUCUUUAUUCACUUGUAGAUAUUAAUGAACGAUUUAAUCGAUUGAUAUUCAAUCCUCUUUAUAUCUAUAAUCUUGAUAUGACAAUCAUAACUACCAAAUUAAUAUUUCGUCAUAGCUUGUCAAUAGACAAUCAAAUUCUUGAUAGAAUUUGUGAGAAUGUUUUACCUCGAAUUCGUCAUCACGUAAAUAAACUUACUCUUGAACCAAAUUCAAUGGAACGUGUUCUUUAUUCUUUCAAUUAUUCUCAACUUUAUUCAUUAUCACUUGUUGAUUUUCAAGAAGAAAUGCUUCUUCAAUAUUUAACAGAAGGUGAUACAAUUCUUCGUAAUCUUCUUGCUGAACAAAUUACUGAUCUUACCAUUGAUAUUCAUAUUAAAUUAAUAUCACCACCAUUAUCUAAAACUCUAUCGAAUAUAUUUGCUUCGAUUUUAUCCUUAUGUAAACGUUUGAACCAUUUAAACUUUUGUCAAUUGUCCAACUAUAGAUGUUUAUCCAUUGAGAUUUAUAACUUAUCAUUAACAAGUUGUAUGUCUUCAACUUUAAGAACAUUGAUUAUUAAUGUUGAAACUUUUAAUGAUUGUCUUUGUCUUCUUGAUGGACGUCUUCAGUGUUUAUCGACAUUGAUUAUUCAUGUUGAAGAUAUUUCAAUUGCAUCAUCAACUAUAGAUAAUACAAAAAAACUUCUCAAAUUAAAACAUUUUUCAUUAAUCUCGUUUAAUCGCACAGAUAAAUAUGAUAAUUUUGUUGUUCCAUUACUUCGUCGAAUGAUAAAUCUUGAAGAAUUGAAAUUAUAUUUGUCAAUAUUAAGAAUUAACUCGACUUAUGUUAAUGGUGUUCAAUUAUAUGAUGAUAUUCUUAUUUAUAUGCCACGAUUAAAGAAAUUUUAUUUCUGUAUAGAAGCAUCUGUGUACAACAAAGAUAUUAGAAUCGAUCUUCCAUCUAAUGAAGAUAUUCAAAAUAGUUUCAUGCAAAGAGGAUAUGGCCCAAUUGGUUCAUAUAUUCAACCUAUUCUAAUAGAAAGAGGAAUAAAGUUACAUAUAACCAAUAAUAAACCACAAAAAGAAAAGCAAAAAUCAUCAACAUUGAUUAUAUUUCGUCAUCUUGUUAUUCUGGAUCUGAUUGAUGCUCAUAUUGAUUAUGCUGAACAAUUCCUCUUCGAUAAGAAUAUUCAUUUACCUCGUUUGCUGUAUCUUAGGAUUCGAUAUGAAUCACUCAGAAUGGUUACUAAUAAUUUUACUAAUGAUGAAGCACGUCUAAUUUGUGGUAAAUUGAAAUUCCUUGAAAUACAUGAACCAUUUGUUCGUCCAAAAAAUUUUCACGAAUAUUUUCCUUUAUUGUAA